CCUCCUCCUCCUCCUCGGCGCUCUUCUCGGCUGGGACCGGGAAGAAGGGGCCGCCUCCGAUCAUCCACCCCCCCAUCCCCCCGCUACCCAGCCGCCGCCGGGCCGGCUCCUUCUGGCUCCCCUUGGACGGAGGGGGGGGCCCACAGAGGGUGGUGGGGAGAGAGCCAUGCCCUCGGCCGGCGGCGGUGGCGGCACCAGGAGCAGCACCCGCACCCCCGGCGGCCGCCUGGCCUUCCCCCUCUGACAUGGGCCGAGCGGGGAAGUAACAAAGCAAGCGCCGAGCCAGCGAGCGGGAGAGCGGGCGGGCUUCUCUUCUUCCCGGGCCCCGGAGCCGCCACCAUGGAGGGCUUUUGAUGGGCCGGAUGCUGACCCGUGGCGACGGUGACACUCGGACGGCUUUGCACGGAGAGGAGGUAGCUGUAUCCAGUUGGGUGGCAGGGAGACCCAAGGGGUACCAUGAAGUUUUCAGGAGCCCUGGAGAGCCAGAGGUUACCUCUCCUGCUGGAGAUGGCAAUCGCUAGAGAAGCUCAAAUGUGGAAAGUGUAUGUGCCCAAAGUUCAGCCUAGUCAGGAUGUAGGCAUUUCUCCAGCCCAGCGGGACGAAGUGAUCCGGUGGUUGGCCAAACUCAAGUGCCAGUUCCACCUUUAUCCAGAAACACUUGCCUUGGCCGUCAAUCUCCUGGACAGGUUUUUAGCGGCAGUGAAGGCCCGUCCAAAGUAUCUGAACUGCAUUGCGAUCAGCUGCUUCUUCCUUGCUACCAAGACUAUUGAGGAAGACGAGAGGAUUCCAGCACUGAAGGUAUUGGCCAGAGACAGCUUUUGUGGCUGCUCUCCCGCUGAAAUUUGCAGAAUGGAGAAGAUCAUUCUGGAUAAAUUGAACUGGGAUCUUCACACAGCCACUCCGCUGGAUUUCCUCUAUAUUUUCCAUGCAGUUGCCUUGUCCACCAGGCCUCAACUGCUGACUACCUUGCCCAAGAUGAACCCAUCUCAGCACGUGGCUCUGCUCACCAAGCAGCUGCUCCACUGCCUCGCCUGCUACCAGCUCCUCCAGUUCAAGGGCUCCAUGCUGGCGUUGGCCAUCGUCAGCUUGGAGGUGGAGAAACUUAUCCCUGAUUGGCUCGCCCUCAUCAUUGAACUGCUCCAGAAGGCACAGAUGGACAGCUCCCAGCUGAUCCACUGCCGGGAACUCACGGCACGCCACCUUUCCACGCUGCAGCCUUCUUGGCUGUCCAACUCCGUCUACGUCUACAGUCCCCUCAAGCACAACCUGGUGUCCUGUCACACGGGGACCUUCCGCUCCCAUCCCUCCUCGGUCCCAGGCCCGGACUCGAAGGACCGCUUCAAACCAGAAGUGCCAACCGAAGGCGGCGCCCCUGCGCUCUGCCGGCGGCGGGCGGCUCCCAGCCGGUGUAAACAAGCCACGGCGAAACGCAAAGUGGAGGAGAUGGAGGUGGACGACUUCUACGACGGGAUCAAGCGCCUGUACAACGAGGAGAAUGCGCCGGAAGGGGUGGUGGCCCUUGAAGGCAAAGCCAUUUCCGCCUGCAGCACCGAUGUCUCGCGGCAAGGAGGAAGCAUUUCUGCCUGCCCUCCCUUGCAGCCCGUUUCUGUCAUGUAGCUGUAUACCAACGCAGCGCUAAAUGCAGCAAGCUGCUACGUUGUGUAUACACACACACAACACCGGGCAACAAUUGGGCUUCUUUUGGCUGGCGGAGCGAAGGCUGUACCUGACAGGGCUUGGGGGAAGGAGUUGCGUUAUCCUUUUAAAAGAAUCCCCCUUCUCACUUUCUUCAUGCGGCUAAUUAUAGUUCCACUAUGAUCUAAAUACUUAAAAACAAACAAAAAAAAGUAUAAAAAAACUUUUCUAAAAAGUCCCAAAAACCAACCAAAAAAAAAAAGAGUAGCAAAAAUCGUUUUUUUCUAGUGUUCUGUUUCACUGUUUCUGUCUGCUUGUUGUGUUGUAACCCUAUCUGCAGUGUUGGAGAGACUUCACACUGAGAAAUUUUCAAAUUUCUAGCAAUCUGUCACUCUGAAUUUGCUUUACUCUGAGAACUCCCUCGACGGAUUCUUCCAAUUUUUCUUUUACAAAAGGUUUCCGAACUCCCUACUGCAUGUCUUUCUUGGCACUUUGUGUAUAGGAGCCCCACGUUGUCUUUCUGUUGUGUUCUGUCUUUUAGCACUUUGGUAUUUGAAAUGUGAUUUAUCUUGAAACUAGAUUUGCAUUUAAAAUGAGUGAGUUUUUAAAAAAAAGAUCUUUGCAAACCGUCCUGCACUUAAAAAAAAAUGACCAGAGCAAAUGAACGCCUGACAGCUUAUUAGAAGUAUUUUUGUUUUGUUUUAGGUAGUUAAUCAGCAACCAAACAAAAUAAGAUUUAAAAAAUAAUAAUUACACUCAAGUGGAAGAAAUCUUUGUGACUGCCAUUAGACUGAUCAAACCACAAUGACACUUUGUUGAAUGGGUUUUUAAACACACACGGACUCACACACAAACUUUAAUGCACACGUAGAUUGAAACAAAACCAAAAUUUAGCUGAUAUUGUUGGUGUUUGUGUCUGUCCUGGGGCACUUUUGUCGUCUUGAGUUUCUCCUUUGUGUAAAAUGAUUAGUACAAGUUCUUCCCAAGCAACCCCCUUUUACUUUUUGUGUAACUUUUUAAUCGGAAGCAGAGGUAGGCAAGACCUUCAAAACCCCUUGUCCUUUCGUGCUCAGCGCUGUGCUUCUCAAAAAAUAACUCCUCCUUGAUUUUAAAGCUCUCUUUUCACAGCCCUUUGGAAGGUACUGUGUUCAGCAGUCGUACUGAGGAAAGCCUUCUGGUAGCAAUAAAAAAACAGAACAUGUUGUCCUUCA